AUGUGGUCUGCACAGUCACGUCCGUUUACUUUAGUUUUGAGUGACAUCAAAGUCCCAUCAUGCGCAAUAAAAUUAGAAAACGCCCUAUUAAUAAAAACGAGUUGGAUCGCAUAUCCCGCGGCCACAACGAUUGCAAUAUUAAUUGUUGGUGUUUCAUUUUGUUUCGCAGGUGGGACAUCGAUGACUUCAGACGAUGAAGAUGAUGAAGAGAAUGGGCCGAUGCACGGUGAAAAGUUGCCUAGAAAGUUGUCAAAUACUUGCAGGCAGUGUGCCAUGGGAUUUCUGAGUUUUUCCGAGCUGUCGGAACACAACAAGACGUGUGUGCUCCGGACCGGCGCCGCCAACAACGCAGACACUUCCGACGAUUUCGAUCAUCGGAACGAUCACGACGACACAGACGAUGUAGAAGAUGAUGAAGAACCAGACGAUGAAGAGGACGUUGUAGACGAAUUGGUCGAUAUAGACGACUAUCGCCGUCCCGGAAACCGUUUCGGGGUCGUUUUUCAGCAAAUUGCAGCCGAUUUAAGGAGGGGCUUUCGCAAUACUAACUUCAACAACAAUAAUAAUAACAACAACAACAAUAAGGCGCACGAAGAGCAGAGAAGACAGCGGCAGGACGCCGAGAACAACAACCGCCGUUACGGUGGCGGUCUGCCAGACCCCAUCAGUCCCGCCGACGACCUUAGGAUGGCUAUAGAGGAAAGUCUGGCCGCACUUGAGGCGGCCAGCGGUUUUCCGGUAUCCGCUUUCCGACCUGACAUGCUCAUGCAGCAUCAGCAACAACAAGCGGCAACCGGUCACCACGUGACACUCGAAGCGCUGCAAAACACCAAAGUGGCCGUUGCGCAGUUCGCGGCCACCGCAAUGGCUGUACAUAACGGUGCCAUCAGUAACCAAAAUGUGCUACAAGACUUAGCCAUCGUCAAUUCGUCACUGUUCACGUUGCAACAUCAGCAGAUGAUGCAGAUGAGCCUCAUCCAACAGCUCCGUCGACAGUUGCAAAUAAGCCGUCGGAGUGGCGGUGGUGGUGGUGGUACCGGAAGUAUCGAUGGAACCUUGUCUGUGUCGCCACCACUACUCAGCGACGGCAAUGACGACAACGCCGCGGUCAUGCCGGCCACGGCAGGGGCAUCGCCCAACGACAUACCCAUGUCUCUAUUGGCCAUAUCGCGGCAUGGUGAGAGAAUAAUGCACGAGUUUGUUCAACAGCACCAUCAACAGAUCCAGGCUGGACGAUCCCCACCGCUGCCCCCGCCACCCCCUCCGCCCCCGCAGCAGUUGCUACCGGCAGUCACGCCGCUUUCAAUUCCGGUACCGGUACCGAUGUCCAUGUCCACACAACAGUCCACGGGCGACUGUACUACGCAAACGCCACUGCUUCAGCUCAGCCGAUCUCCGUCGCCAUCUACCUCACGCUCGCCAACGCCUCCACCGCCAUCCAUCAUGGCCAUAAUGGUGCCUGAACUGCAACGCCCCGCUCCGUCGCCAAUGCAAGCUUUGCAAGCAUCCGUGUUACCGGUACAAACUCCACCGCCACCGCCGCAACAGCAGUUGCCGCUCCAACCGACCACCGUCCAGACCGUUGCGUUGGUGCCGGCCGAGAGUGCGCCGCAGCCACCACCUCCGGCCACGCUUCAGUCACAGCCUCAGCCGUCUACAUCAUCGUCGACAUCGUUUUCGCUGACUCCGUACACUUCUUCACCAAUCGUCACGCAUCAUCAUUCCAUCCCAUCGUGUUCCGUUUCAUCCGCGUUCGCAUCGUCCAUCAUCACCAACUUGGACCCGCCGCCGUCGCCUAGCGAACCCUGUACUCUGGAAACGUUGCAACGCCGUGCCCAAGAAGUUCUGGACAAGGCCAGUCAAGGAAUGAUGGCCAACAAUCUCGCGGACGAGCUUUCGUUCCGGAAGUGCUCUGGUAGCGGUGGAAAGGGCAGCUCACUGUCGCCGUACGACGGUAAAUCCGCCGGUGGCAGUGGCGGAAGCCGAGGUGACAACUUUUACAAGCACAGGUGCCGUUACUGUGGCAAGGUGUUUGGUAGCGACUCGGCCCUUCAGAUACACAUCAGAUCGCACACGGGCGAACGUCCGUUCAAGUGCAACGUUUGCGGCAGUCGGUUUACCACUAAAGGCAACCUCAAAGUCCAUUUUCAGAGACACACGUCGAAAUUUCCCAACGUCAAAAUGAAUCCGUUGCCGGUUCCUGAACACUUGGACAGAGACUUUCCGGCGCUGAUGCCACAGCACUUGAACCAGAGUCCACACCAUCAGAACGGAUGCAACUCACAAAUGCCACCCAGCUCCACUGGUGCCGUCACUCCGCGGUCUCCGUUGUCACAUCAGUUUUCCGCGGCCUCUUCCGCCUCGUCUUUUCCGACAGCUCUGUCCAAUCUAUUCCGACCCAGUGGCAGCCACCACGGCCAGCAACAACAUCAUCAAUCGUCAUCGACAGACAUAGCACUCCCAUCGAAUAUUCAAAUGCCGGCACAGCAGCCUGCCGAGCAGUUAUUAAUGACAAACCAUCAUCAACAACAUCAUCACCAACAGCAACAACAACACAAUAUCCAACAGCACCAUCACAAGCAGCAACAGCAACAUCACCUGCCGAAUAAUCACUCAUCAUCGCUACAACUGUUUCAGUUCAAACGCGAACAAGAGCAACCCGAGAACUUGAGCAAACCUGCUAACGCUGGCUCCUCCUCCCGCGGAUCGUCUAUUCCGUCUCCUCCGCCUCUCUCCGAUUCUAGUAUGACGCGCAACAACAAAGACGAUCCCACAUCCUCCGAGUACAUCGACGAUAUGGCCGUGGACAUCGACUCAGCUGACGUCGAUGAACGUCAAAACGAUAUUGAUGCGAACACUGACGACUUUAGUGUCGACACUAAGUACAGUGGUGAAGAAGAACGGACCAACAGUCCUACUAUGAAUGAAGGGUUACAAGACCAACCUGAAAACCUUUCCAACAAAAGUGGCAGAGCAAUGAUGGCCAGCCCUCCACUAAUCACUUCGGACGAGUCCUUUUCUCCCAGGCCGACAUCGUCGUCUUCGCAGCACCACGGUUCCCAGGCUGGAUCGCCCGUAUCGAUGUCUUUCCACAACAGUAGAUACUCGCCACCUUGCGCCCUGGACCUGACGCCCAAACAGUCGGCAUUGCCCACUACCGCCAAUCACAUAAUGUCUACUUAUCUGCCACCUGCUUUCGCCGGGCUCAUGGCAGGAUCUGCUACUUCCGCGGCCGGACUUCCGGGCCACGGACCGUCAUUCGGACCAUCCGCUGCUCGAGGAAACACCACGUGCAACAUCUGUUUCAAAACGUUCGCGUGCCACUCUGCUCUCGAGAUCCACUACAGAAGCCAUACCAAGGAGCGGCCUUUCAAAUGUUCCGUGUGUGACCGAGGAUUCUCGACAAAGGGUAAUAUGAAACAGCACAUGCUAACGCAUAAGACUCGAGACAUGUCGUCGACGGGCGCCGGCGGAGGCAGCUCGUCGAACAACAUGUUCGACGGCAACAACUCGACUAGCUGUGGUCAUGAUGACACAGCCAGCAACGCAAGCUCAGAGAGCCGUGAAGCAGCCCAGCAUCAACUGCAUCACCAGCAGCACCAUCAACACCAGAUACAUCACCACCAACAGCAGAUCAUGCUUUUGAGUGUAGCCGCACAAAACGCCGCAGCAGCAGCCGCAGCCGCCGUGGCCGCAGUCACAUCUGGUUCAUCUGGAGCAGCGACUGGUGGAGUCGGGCCUAGAUCUCUGCCACCACCACCGCCGCCGCCUCCACCACCACCACCACAGAUCGUAUUGCAACAGCUUGCAAACGGUAUGAUGCCCGUGGUGACCUGUACCGCGACUACGGUAUCGGCGAACGCGUCCACGUGCACCGGGCCUUCGGCAACCAAUACCGGGGUUCAAUUGGCGGCCAACUUGUCUCCGCCACCGGUCCAACAACAGCAACAACAGGCCGUGUCUGCACAGACGCCCCCGUCGCAACCACUGAUUCAACCGGUGGUCACACUGUCCGUACCCGCCGUUGGUCAGCAGCAGCAGUACAACGCUCCAGGCUCUGGUUCCAGAAAACCGCCGGCCACGACCGAGGGAGGUCUGUCGUCUUCUUCGUCGUCAUCGCCAAAACGCUCAUUGGCCGAUCCCGACUCCGGCUUGCCAUCGGCUAAGAGACAACCAAGUUCGCCCAAGCACUUGUGUAACGUGUGCAACAAGAACUUCUCCUCGUCCUCUGCACUACAAAUCCACAUGAGGACCCACACAGGCGACAAGCCUUUUCGAUGCACAGUGUGCCUAAAAGCGUUCACGACCAAAGGCAAUCUCAAAGUGCACAUGGGAACGCACAUGUGGACCAAUGGAACUUCUAGGAGAGGGCGGAGAAUGUCACUAGAACUUCCACCACUGCAGAUUGCCAACAGUGUCAAAGAAACGGAUUUCCUCCAACGUAGACAAGAAAUCUAUUACCAUCCGUUUCUGUCUACUCCGUAUUUAAACGGAAUGCAUCAACAAAAGAUCAACGAGAUAUCGGUGAUCCAGAACGUCAACAGCAACGUCAACAAUCGCAUUCUGAGCGGGUUCGGCAACUUUGGCGCCGGCGCUACGUUCCCGGGCGACAUGAUGAAACAAGAGCCGAGCAUCGCGGCCGACAAGCAGAACAACGUCAUGUCGUCGUCGUCGUCGCCACCGUCCCACCACAUAAGGACACCGCCACUUUGGGACCUGCACUACGACCGGCAGGCAGCCGUCAACAUCAAGUCGUCCGACGACCAUCAGCUCAACAACUGCGCACCCCAAUCUCCGCAGUCGUCGCCGAUAGCGCACACAAAUCACAUCUCCCAGAACCGCACCGAAGGUCUAGCGACAUAA